CCCCAUGGCCGGGCUCGCGAUGCUGGUGGCCGCCGCCUUGGCGCUGUGCCUGCUGCUGGCGCCCCCCGGCCUCGCGUGGUACAAGCAGGCGGCGGGGCCGGGCUACUACUCCGUGGGCCGCGCCGCGGGGCUGUUGUCCGGCUUCCGCAGGUCACCGUUCGCGCGGCUCUCCGAGCCCCCCGUGGGCACGGGACCCCCGGGACGGGCCGGCGCCUUCCCGGAGCUGCGCCCCGGCCUGCGGAGCCUCGCCGUGUGCGUCGAGGACGUCACCCCGAACCUGCAGAGCUGCGAGCGGCUCCCCGACGGCCGCGCCAUCUUCCAGUGCAAGGCCGACGUCUUCCUGUCACUCCGCGCCGCGGACUGUCGCAGCACGUGAACCCCGACCCUGGAACGUGGACCUGGCCUGGCUCCCGCGGGCACACCCUGGGGCCCGCCCUUGCCCUGGCGCCAGAUGGCACCCAGUACCGCCCACCCAUCCCCAUAGUA